ACCUAGUGUAGUUUACUAAAAAGGCGGGAAAAUUGUUUUGGCUUUAUAUUAGUUAAAACUCAAACAAUUCCUUAAAAACCCUCAAACAAUUCCUUAAAAAGGUGAAAUAAGAUCAAAAUUUCCUUAGUUUAAGGAAAUUUCCUUAAAAGUGAGAGGUGAGAACGCUGUUGUAACCAGGCCUGGCGAAUUUUCGCGCUUUUCCUAUGGAAAUUGAAACAGCUAUGGCGGGAGUUUCGAGUUCUUCUUCGACGAAGGGAAACGAAAACAGCGCGUUUACUUUACCUUGGCGCGAUAGCGAUGUUAUUUUGGUUGUUCAAGAUGUGGAACUUCAUGUGCAUAAAGCAAUGUUGGCACUACAAUCCCCUGUUUUUGAGGCAAUGUUUAAUGGGCAAUUUCAAGAAGCCAAAGCAGAGCGUAUACCUUUACAAGGGAAAACACACAAGUGGAUGCUGCAAUUUAUACGUCUCUUGUAUCCUGCGAAUAUGACUAAGAUGAAAGUCCACAUCUCAAAGGAGAACGUCUUUGAGAUCCUGAAGCUUGCAGACGAAUAUCAAGCGGCUAAUGUUAUUAGCCAGUGCCUCGCUGAGGUAGAACUUGCUCAACUAACUAAUGAAAAUGCUUUAAAAUUACUGCCAUAUGCUGCUCAAUAUGACCAGGCUGCUCUAUCGAUGUUGGUGAAUAAAGUUGCGAAGCGUAUCCCAGUGGAACAGAUUGGAAAAUUUGUACCAAAAUUGUCAGAUGAUAAACUGGCGCUCAAUUUAUUAUUAUCCAAAGGUCGUAUUCUGGAAAGAAUGGUGCUGGGGAGUUUCAGGGUUAUUGAAACACUACUGCGUUUUAUUUGCAAGAGAGAGACAGCUACUAGUUUGAUGUGUGGCCAUGUGGUAAGAUUAUCUCGAUAUGAAGAUGCUGCAAAAUGCCAGACGUGUAUUGCUACCUUUCGCACAACAUUUAUUGAUAAAGCAAUCAAUGUGGUCCUUGCUGCAGAGUCCUCCAUGAGCAAUGAUGACAAGAGAGUACGUGCCAAGUUAUUAGGAACACUUUUAAUCCAAGUGUUUAAUUACAAAACCUUGUCUGGGGACAGCUCAGUUAGUGAAGUCUCAAGAUAAGUUGGUUUCCAUGUUUUAUGCUGUUUUAAUGCUGUUUGACAUUUUAUUACAUUCCAAUAAGCAUUUUGUGAACAGUAGUUUUCCAAAAACAUUGACAUAUAUGCUAUAUGAAUAUAACAUGUGUUGAAAGAUAAUGGGUUAAUACUAAAAUUUGUUGUGGUUCCUAAUGGCUUUUAAAAAUACAGUAUCAUCUUUGUUUGUAGAGAUCAUAGGAAGGUUGUUGUAAAUCACUUGUGAUUUGAAGCAGAUGUUCCCAUAGGUAGUUCAAUGUUGCCUAUUUUAGGGGUCUGCAUACACAAAUUGUGUUAUUGUAUGUCACUCAUGAUGACUGCAGCCAGUAGCGUAGCCAGCCUGACAAUU